AUGUACUUUUCUUUGUGUUGCCCACGAGACGCUGGUGAUAGCUUCUACCUAAAAACACAAAGCAACAAGACAAAUUAUUUCAAAGUAUUUUAUCAGUUGAAUAUUAUAAAGAUGGCAGGGAAUGUUAAAUUCUUUAGAUUUGUUGGUGGUUAUGUGUGCGGCGCUGCCGUCACCACUGGAUCAUGUGUUGCAGUGAUGAAACUUUACAAGGUUGAGGACACAGAGGACCAGAGAGAGCCCGAGAAAGUUCCUCAGGCACAGCAGGAGAUAGGGCGGUAUGGCUUCCCCUUGACAGGAGCUGAGAUACGAUACUACGCCAACCACACAUUGUCCUACAACCAAGCCAUGAAAACACCAAGAUGGGUCGCAGAGCACCUGUCACAUGAGAAACUAUUGGGGAAAGCCGACAGAAAGCACUGUAAAUUCAAGCCAGACCCCAGUAUCCCAGAACCCUUCACUGCACACAAUGCUGACUACCUGGGCAGUGGCUGGUCCAGGGGCCACAUGGCCCCCGCAGGAGACAACAAGACCUCCGAGCAGUCAAUGGCUGAAACCUUCUACCUAUCCAACAUUGUGCCCCAGAACUAUGAAAACAACGCUGGAUACUGGAACAGACUGGAGAUGUACUGCAGGGACCUGGCCAAGCGCUUUGAUGACGUGUGGGUCAUAUCAGGACCUCUGGUCCUUUCUGAAGAGGGGGCUGAUGGGAAAAAGACAGUGUCCUACCAGGUCAUAGGCAAAGACGACGUGGCCGUCCCCACCCACCUCUUCAAAGUCAUCCUUGUCGGGAAAGACCAAUCGGCAUCGGGCAAUUUGACUAACAACCAAUCGGCAUCAGAAACCUUGGCCCUCGGGGCCUUUGUCGUACCCAACCAGCCAAUCGGCUUCAAGCGCCCACUGACGGACUUCCAGGUGAGUCUAUCGGAACUAGAGAAGAUCUCGGGCCUGACCUUCUUUCCCAAAGUGGAGCGGACAACUCCGAGCCUCCCCAACUUGUGCGAUAGGGAUUCCUGCCAACUGAUGGACUUUAAGGAUUUCACCUUGUACCUCACGGCCAGGAAGGUGGGCAGUGCCCGCACCACGGUGAAGCUGGAGAAGAGCAUGGCGGAGCUGAAAGAGCAAGGAAUUGCCCCGGACGACUACGUACUCAAACUGUACCAGGAGAAGAAGAAGGAGCUGGAAAACAAAGAGCAUAACCGGGCUCAUCUUCCUUAGGGCACUAAGAGAAAACGUUUUGUAGCAGAAACAGAAAAUGAGGGUUUCUAAUUGGACAAGUCCACAUAGUCCCUCCUGUUUUCAUUGGUUUGGUGCCUAAUGAACACAACCCUGGAUGGAAUGUCCAUUAUGGCUCUGUGAAACGAGCAGCUGGUCAAGUGGCUGUUUUGCUAUGGGUUACAUAGUUUGUUAGAUUGUUUAUUGAACAGAUUUUUCUGUAUAUUUCUUCGUUUUUUUUUCCCAUUGGAAGGUGUAUUUCCCAUGCCAGAAUUACAAAAAGUAUUUUUUAAAUGUGGAUAGUUUUUUUAAAUUUACCCUGAACAAAAAUAUACAUGCAACAAUUUCAGCAUUUUACUGAGUUACAGUUCAUAUAAGGAAAUCAGUCAAUUUAAAUAAAUGUAUUGUCCCCCCGUCUAACUCAAUCAGCUUAUCAGGCUUUUAUGGGUACUAAUCGUUAAUAGAGACCCAGGCGGAAUCAUGUGUUUCCUGUCGCCACUAAUUGCAUUGAGACAUUUCAAUUGGACCGCAGGAAAAGAAGGGCACAUGUAUCACCAGUGUAAUGGAUCAGUUUGUUACCGAGAAGCACUAUGGGUCGCUUUAUUGUUUGUAUUACCUCAUAGCUGACUUCAGGACAUUACCACUCAACCACUGCCGUCCGCCAAAUGGACCACGCAGAUAUCAGAUAUACAGUAAUAUCACAUCACUAAAGACUAGCCUAGACCCCAUCACUCACCCAUCAUCCACCUUACACAAACACAGGAUCCUACUCAGCCAAAGAAAAAUCAACCAUAGCCUAUUGGAACCAGGAUGAGAAGUAUUAGCCCUAAUGCAGUGUAAUUGACAAAUGAGAACACAUGAACACACACUCUGUCUACUGUACACACACUGUCUGGCAGACCAGAGCUGCAUCUCAAUAUUACGAAGCAGUUUACUCUGCUUGUGUUCUCUCCUUGAAACUCAUGCUUGAUGCCUACCAGGAAUUUGCUUGGACCUCUGAGAUUACUAAAGGUGCAGCCUUUGUUGCAGCUUGCCGCGACUGGGAGACCGAUGGGGCGGCGCACAAUUGGCCCAGCGUCGUCCGGGUUAGUGGAGGGUUUGGCUGGCAGGGAUUUCCUUGUCCCAUUGCACACUAGCGACUCCUGUGGUGGCCCGGGCGCAGUGCACGCUGACACGGUCGCCCGGUGCACGGCGUUUCCUCCGACACAUUGGUGUGGCUGGCUUCCGGGUUAAGUGGGCAUUGUGUCAAAAAGCAGUGCGGCUUGGUUGAGUUGUGUUUCGGAGGACGCAUGGCUCUCGACCUUCGCCUCUCCCGAGUCCGUAUGGGAGAUGCAGUGGUGAGACAAGACUGUAACUACCAAUUGGAUACAAUGAAAUUGGGGAGAUAAAGGGGUAGAAGUUAAAAAAUAAAAUAAAAAGAUUACUAAAGGCGACUAAAAGGAUACAGGGGAUAGAUAGGUGGCCAUUUUCAACUAUUGAGAUGCUAUAUUUGUAAUUCGUCUAGCUUAAAUGAUUUGAUGCCACUUUACAGUAGGUUGGGGCGACAGUAAUCCAGUCUGAGCUCAGCUGGCACUGCUUUACCGGUUAGAUUCCCACUGUGCCACUGUGUUUGUCAGGGAUCCUCAGCCAGGGAAGGUCAGGGGCAAGGGUGGCACUGGGAGCCAUGUGAUGAUAUAUUAUGUAGAAAUACGUUGUUACUUUUCCAAUGUAUGGCAUGGUUUUAUUAAUAAUCAACUGUACAUUAAGAUCAAGUUCUCCCAACAGCUAAUAAAUAUGGAGAGCAGAGAAGUUCUCAUUUGGAAGAUGGGACCUUGUCCCAUUUUAAAGCAGAUUUUCCUUUUAACUUUUUUUAUCACCUACAUCCUCUUAACCUUACUAAUAAGGCAGACGCCAUAAAGGAAAUUGAAUGCAGCUGGAUCAAAUGUAAUCACAUUUUUUGUGUAAUCCAGGUCAUUACAUUGUAAAUUACAUGAGAGAGUUCAUAACUUCACAUGGCCUUUGGGAGAUAUCAUAAUAUUUUCAAAGGUGUUGGCUACAGGUGUUAAAAAUGUGAAUGGAAUCUGAAUAGGCUAGCAAGAGAAAUACUUGAUACACACAAUAAAGGCAGAUCCAAACCGUA